UGAAGAUGGAACUUAUUAUUGUAAAAAAUCUGAUGGAUCAAUUUUAUAUCGAAAUAAGUAUGGUCAUGAAUAUUAUUCACCGCAAAAGAUAAAUGCUACCAAUAUCGUUUCUAGUAGAAGAUUUAAACCCAAUAUCGUUUCUA